CUACGUUUUUUGAUUCAUCGAAAUCAUCUCUCUCAACCCUUUAACCCGUUCAUUUUUCUCAGCAUAUCAAACUCCAGAAACAUCAACAAAUUGCAUCCAUGGCUUCUCCUUCAACCAAGUUGACAUUUCUUCUCUUCAUCUCCUCCCUCUUUCUCCAUUCAGCUCUGGGUGAGAUUGUUUGUGAGAAUUUGCCAAACAACGUUUGUGCAUUUUCUAUAUCAUCUUCAGGAAAGAGAUGUUUACUGGAGACCGAGUGUGAAAAUCAAGGAAAUGUGGAGUAUCAGUGCAAGACAUCGGAGGUUGUUGUGGCGAAUAUGGCGGAUUAUAUUGAGACUGAUGCAUGUGUGCGAGCUUGCGGCGUCGAUAGAAACUCCGUUGGGAUUUCUUCAGACGCUCUGCUUGACACACAAUUCACUGCCAAAAUUUGCUCUCCCGAUUGUUACCAAAAGUGCCCCAACAUUGUUGAUCUUUACUUCAAUUUGGCUGCCGGCGAAGGAUCUUUCUUGCCGGAUGUUUGCAAGCAGCACCGCCGGAACCCCCACAGAAUAAUGUUUCAAGUUUUAAGCUCCGGCGAAGCUACUCCUGGCCCCGUUUCAUCUUACCCAUCCAAAGCUGCACUCAGAGCCGGCCCUGCUUAUGCUCCUGCUAUUUCCCCUGCUUCCUUUUAGACAGGGAACAUUAAAGAAUAAUAUGUACUGGAAAAAUAAGAUAAAGGAGGCGUUGAUUUGGUGGUUCAAUCUUCUGAGGAUGGAUUAUGAAAAUAAAUUUUAUGAGAGAUUUUGUUGAUAUGAGAAAUUCUGUAUAAUAAUAACAUAUGAGCAAUACUAUAGGUAUCUAUUUUAGGUAUAUAAAUAUAUACACACUUAUAU